AUAUAUUAAGAGAUUUCCAAUAUUACACCAUUAUCAACCUUUGUCAUUGAAGAAAUAAUCUUUCAGUGUUUAACUCCCAUCGAUUUUUUUAUUGCCAAUUGCCUUCUCUUUUGAAAUGUUAAUAAUGCCAACAUUGGUAGUGAAAUUAUUGCUCUAUAAUAGGGGUUGUUUGAGUACUUGUGGUCGAAUUGUGUCAAGAGAGUGCAAAGCUCUCUGCUCCGACUUUAGAAAUUAAAGUAAAAAACAACCACUAUUAGCGUAAUCUCGAACCGUAGGACAAAUAUCAAUAUCAUAGAAGUUAUACUAAAUAAACAACUAACUCGAAAGCUAGACGAGAAACACGCGAGAAGCGUGCUCUCUCUCUCUAAAAGGCGAGGCCGUAUCUUCUUAUUUUUCGGUGCCGGUUAAUAAAUGGCUAUCGCCGUUAGAAUAGAAUCCAUAGGUUGACUCAACGACUCUACGAGUUGUCUUCGUAGACAUCGAUUGUGCCGCCAUCGUAACAGUUGUCGCUGUCGCUGGCGUUGGCGUUGUCAGCGUUGACUUUGCUGUUAGUUUAUGUAUUGUCGCAUUAAACAAAUUCAAAAUUUGCUCCUAAGUUUAUUUAAUGUGUUGGACUCGUCGUGAACGCAACAAUCACUCGCGCUUUAUAAGUCCGAUUGCCUGUUGAUUUUCGGUAAAAACUAUGAAAAACAAUAAACUGUUUUAAAACAAAAUUUGUUAAACUUUUAGUAACCCCUUUCGUCUUAAAUCGGUUCAAAUUAUUUGAAGUGUCCUAUGAUUGUGUGGAUAAAGUGGAAUGUGACGACAAGACCAAAUAUUUAUUAGUAAUUAAGAAUGCAAAUAAAAUGUGCAAACAAGUUGUAACAACCAGUAAAGGUUAAAAAAAAAGAAAGUUACCAAUUUUAUACAGUUUGAAAACUAAAAGUGCCUAAUGUUUGUGUUUAAUAUUUUUUACAAAAGUCUCCUAAAUAAGAAAAAUAAGAUGAAAAACUAAGAAUUAUAAAGCUGCUUAUUAAAUACAUGUAUAUUAAAAAGUGACUUAUCAAAUUAGUGUUAAAGAAAUACGGAUUAUUAAGACGAUUUAGUAUAUUUACUAAACUGCUAAUAUGCAUAUUUAUGUACAUACAUACAUAUGUACAUAUAUGCAAAUCUCGCAAUAAAAACUGAAGCUUGAAAUCUGUUUAAAAAUCAAAUUUUGUUUUGAAUGUCUUUGGAUCUGCCUUCGUAAAUAGAUUUUUAUAUAAGACUCAAAAUUAGUCUAACGUUACAGAGAAAUGAGGAUGGAUUAUAUGGGCGGCGAAAAAAUUCAUACUUUAUGAAUAUAAAUUUGAAUGUGAUACAAGUAAUAAAAAUAAAUUAAGAAAUAAUAACAAAAAGGAAGUUUGAAACACGCCAUUCAACGCUUUUAUCUGUGAUUUUGCGCUGUAAUAAUUCGCAUUAAUAUAUAUUGUUUUGGGCUUUGGUCUAAAAACGAAAUUAAAACCAUAAGACAACAUAAUGUUUAACCUCAACACACCAUCGUCAUUGCUGGGCAUCGAUUGCUCUGGCCUAAGCACUACACCAAAAACUCCUGAAAUUGUGAACUCUUUAAUCGCAAUGACAAAUCCGAUGGACAACUAUAGCUUCGCACCUUUAAAUAAUGAUUCAGCUGCGUCAACUCCUGGUAGCGCUGUCUCAAUGCGUAGCUUUAAUGGAACCUCGAUCGCCCAGAUCAUAUCGCAAGAUAGUAGUCAUUCCAGUUCUUCAACAUCACCUGCAGACUCGCCUAGUGGGAUAAAUACUACACCAAGUGUUCAACAGACGUGUUCUCAACUCAUUAAGGCUGGACUUAAGCUUUCAAUUCAAAGCAAGCGAAAACUGUCAACUUGCGAUUCAAGCUCUAGCUCCGAUCAGCCAAACUCCAAAUAUUCCCGUCCAGAUGAAGAUGGCGAGGAAUCAACGGAUGAAGAAACUGAAUGUAAGACGUCUUCAAAAGGCCUCACACCAGAAGAUGAGGAUCGACGGCGACGACGCCGCGAACGCAAUAAAAUCGCUGCUACUAAAUGUCGUAUGAAGAAACGCGAGCGCACACAAAACCUUAUAAAAGAGUCGGAGCAAUUGGAAACCCAAAAUGUUGACUUAAAAACCCAAGUUCGGUCUUUAGAAGUUGAACGUCGCAAAUUACUUGAUAUGUUGCAAGGCCAUUCAACAACUUGUAUACAUGCAGGUGGAUUAAAUUUACCUUCUAAACUAUUGCAUUCACCAGCUCAUAAGUACCUCACCGCCAUUGAUAUGGAUGACAAUAGUACUGCCAAUGGAGACAUGUCUACAGCAAACGCCACAGUUAAUAGAAUUCAGUCCCAAACGCAACAACAAGUUCAAGUUAACAACACUUUCAGUAAUCAGUCAACUCAUGGAACACAACGCACCGCAAUCCCACCAAUGUCAACCAUCAAAUUUCCACGGAAUGCCGCAGCUGUUGCCGCUGCUGUUAAUCACCAACUGCAUCAACUACCAACACAACAACAGCAUUUGCCAAAUGGCUAUUGCAAGCCGUCACCAACGCCACAGGAGCUUGGAUAUAUAACUUCUCCAUCACAAGAAAAUAUAUGCUUGCCUGCAAACUUACCGAAACUUUCGUCACAAUCUUCUGCUACCCCCCAAAUUGGAAGUGCCCCCGUAGUUUCUUCCAUUAACCAACAGCUCUCUGAUUACAUUCCUAACUGUGAAAAUAGUCUUGGUUUGGUAUUAGCUAAUACUCCCACCUCGGUUCAAAGCAACGACGACGGCAGUGUAUUACUUGGUGACAUUGUUAGCCCCAUUUCAGUCAUGCCUACACCUACGACGGCGACAGAAUUCGUAAAAAAUGAGCUAGUCGACUCGCAAAGCCCCUACACCACCGCUCAAUCAGCAGAACGUUUCCUUUUUGAGAGUAAUUGUGACAGUUACGUAGACAUUAAACAUGCUGUCAGCUUACAUCAUGGAAGUCUCAGUAAUAACAACAACAACAAUAAUAGCAUCACAGCUCUACAUCAAAGCAGCAAUAACAACCUUAUGGAUUUCAAUACCUCACUGAUAGGUGGAAGUAGUGGGAUUGUACCUUUCCACGAUCAAAUAUCGAUUAAAAAUGACUACUUGCACGACACCGAUUUGUUGGCACAACUCACCGGAGAUGGUGCUGAAUUUGUGGACCUUGAUUCUAGUGUUGCGGCAACAUUCAUGACAAACAAUGGAUGUUUGGCGUAAAUUCGAUUUAAUAGUUAUUGAGAAAAUUAGAAUAUGUUUUUUCUUUAAAUUGAAACAUUUAGCAUCCCAGUGAAUAUGAUAAUCAUGCAAUUAUUAAGGCUAAAGUAAAUAAAAGGUAAAUAGUCAAACAGAGGCAGCACUGACUACAAAUGAAAGGUUAGUCAAAGUAUGUGUAUGCUUCUCCAAUCAAAACAUCCUAGAAUUGAAGUAAGUAAAAGGUAGUCUAGGCUUCACAAAACUGGUACGGGAUUUCAAUAACACAUGCGUAUACACUUCUAAAUGUGUUUUAAGUCUUCCACUAAGUAAUGCUGAAUUUAUUUAUAUGCUUACAUUUUUUACAUUUGAUUAUUACCUUCCAAAAACAAUUUGAUUAUUUCCAUACCAGUUAAAUAAAUGAAGCCCAGUUACCACCAAUCUCGAAUAUAUUAAUUGACUUGGUGGUUUUAAUACAUAAUUCAAAUAAAAUCAAGUAUUUUAGACGAGAACUUUCGGUGGCUUUACUAUCUCAAAGAUUCAUAGAAACGAGAUAAUCUGUUAAAUUUCGUUACAAUCUGCAAAUUGGUAAUUGUAGGGCUUUCAUAUAUUGGGAAUAGCACUAAGGGAAUUUUUGUUUUAUAUUUUUUCUAUUGACAUACAUAGCAUUCCAAAACUACAAAACCAGUAGAUAUAAAAUUUAAUUGCUAAAUAUUUUAUAAACAUAGCUAUUUGAAGAAUCACAUCCGCAGCAGUAAUUACUAUUUUUAAUAGCAACAAUAUUUAUUUUAUUUUAUGCUUAAUGAAAGGCACACUUUGUUAUACGAGUAUCAAGGUCCGAUAAAAGUAAACAGAUCUGAGUGAAAUUCUAGAAAAUCAAAGUCAAACUGCAAUGAAUUACAUACUAAUUAUGGUAAUAUGUUAAUGAGAUUAGGUGUGUAGAAAGCCCAUCAUUUUUAUAUAUACUAAUUUCAAAAUCUUAUAUACAAAGAUUUCUAUAUGCGAAGGUUAGGUUAUGCAGAAUAACUGAGCUACGUGAUUGAUAUUUUUUAUAUGCUUUCUAAACCUUUAUGUAUAGUUGUAUUUAUUUUAUGUAGGUUUUAAUUGUACAGAUA